AAUUCUCUCCCCCUUUACUAUAAGCUUUUGUGUGGUUUUCUCUCUCUCCUUCCUCUCCCCAUAACGUUUGGUUUUUUGUAGAGGCAAGGAAUUGAUUGAUUAAUCUUGUAUGGUCUUUGGGUUUGUUUUUCGAGGUGGGUUUGAGCUGAAUUCUCUUUGUAGUAGCUUGUUCCUUUGAAAAUGGAAAGAGAUUUUUUGGGUUUGAGUUCAAAGAAACCGUCGGCUGUGGUGAAGGAGGACAUUAGCUCUGAUGGGUGUAAAGAUAUAGGAUUUACUAAGGGUUCAGGGAUGCAAUGGCCCUUCUCCAACAAGGUCUCUACCCUUCAUAACUUGAUGUCUUUCAAGGUUGCUCAAGAAGAUAAGACCAAAACUAUUGAAUCUGAUGCCUUGGUGUCCUCUGGAUUCAUGUCUGUCUUAAGUGCAGACGCAUGUGAUCCUGGUCAAAAACGUUCUGCUGCUGAAAUCCAGAUGUUUCCGGUUGCCAAUCAUGCAAUUUCAAUCUCUACGGGCAACCCUUUCUUCAACAAUCAUUAUCCAGCCACUGGUCAGAAUAUGCUUGGGACUACCAUGAAGCCACAGUUGCUUGGAGGAUUUCCUGUCACAGCUCCACAUUCAAUUCUUCCCAUGGUUGGUCCUGUUGCUGGGGUAGCAGACUCAAGUGUCAAAGCAUAUGGGUCUCCUGCUCAAUUGACCAUCUUUUAUGCUGGCUCAGUCAACGUCUAUGAUGAUAUAUCCCCUGAGAAGGCUCAGGCAAUCAUGUUCUUGGCUGGAAAUGGGUCUUCCAUUUCAUCCAAAUCGGCACAGCCAAAAGUCCAAGUCCAGGCAUUUAGCUCAAAGCCAGCAGCAGCUGAUGUUAGUCCCGUGAACCAACCUAUCAUGUCUACUCCACCAUGCUCUAGUCUCUCAAGCCCAUCACAUACAGGUGCCCAGUCAGGGAGUGGGUCAACUAGUACCGAGGAAAUCAUGGCAACCAAAACCACUGGACCUGUGACCAUUCCUGUUAUUAAACCAGAUCAUCCAAAGACAGGAUAUGUAGUGGGAUCUGUUGCUACAACCACCAUGAUACCAUCUGUCCCUCAGGCUCGAAAAGCAUCCCUGGCUCGGUUUUUAGAGAAACGCAAGGAAAGAGCGACGAAUGCAGAGCCAUACAACCUCAGCAAGAAAUCUCCAGAUUUUGCCAACCCCGGACCCUACUAAUUAAUUCCUUCGCAACCUCCGCAGCUGGAACUAGUUCUCUCUUGGCAAGAAGGAGAGUAACAACAUACAAUGAAGCCAAAGCAGAAGGGAAUUGUUGAGAUUUUGUGCAGCAAGUUAAAGGUGUCAGUACGUGUUUUUGUUUCAUAGAAUAACUGUAAUCAUGACUCUGUUUGAUUGCCAAAAUCAACUCUCUCUCGUAUAUAGUAAGUGUAGGGUUUUCCGCCCAUUUCUUGUCA